AUGAGGAGAGGAUUUGUAUUAAUUGGUGUGCUGUCUCUGUUUUUUAGUUAUAUCCAGGGCAUAGCAAUACAGAAGAUAAUUAGGCCAAAAACUGUUUCUAUUAUGGCAGAGAAAGUUCCACAGGCUGGAAUGGGCAUAAAAGUAGAUAUAAAUGUGAUUGAAGGGCACGGGAUAUAUGUAGCCACUGGGAUGAAAAACAACUUAUCACAGCAGGUUGAGUUAGUAGAUUCAUUCCAAAAGAAUAUUGAAGCAAGUCAGGCAGGAGAAUUUGAGUUAAGGAUAAUUAAUGAAAGUGAUGACUAUGCGAAUAUAUCUGUUUCAAUAUACGCAGACAGUGCGCAUGAGGAUACAGAUGAGGCCGAGGUUCUUAAGAAACUAUUAGAUAAGGUUAGAGUGGACUUAAUGAACAUUUACAAUGAUAUUCUAAAACUUAAAAAUGCGAAUACGCACAGUCUGGUAAAAACCAAAUCUGCCAAGAACACUUUAUGGGUUGUAUGUGUAUUCCCUCUUUUGUACAUUUUCCUGAGUUAUUGGAGACUUCAAUCAAUUAAAAGCUUCUUUAGUACCAAAAAGAGGAACAAGAUAUAA